UUUGCCGUCUCGUUCGUCCUAAAUGUCCUCUGGUUGUUGUUUUGUUUACGACUGAGCUAAUGCCAUGUGCGACAACAGCGAGUUGCAGGGUACAACCGCUUCCAGCCACAAUGGCUUUGUUCGACCCUUGCUGACGGACUAUUACUUAUUCACAAUGGCCUACGCAUAUUGGAAGUCGGGCAAAAACGAGACGGCCGUGUUCGAAAUGUUCAUCAGGAAGAACCCAUUCCAUGGUGAAUUUACCAUCUUCGCCGGGCUGGAGGAGUGCCUGAAUUUCGUCGCGAACUUCCGGUUCUCCGACAGCGACAUCGCAUACCUGAAGGAGACGCUCCCGGCGGGCACGGAGCCGGAGUUCUUCGACUUCCUGCGCGGCCUGACGGCGAACGAGGUGUCGAUCGACGCGCCGCCCGAGGGAUCGGUGCUGUUCCCCAAGGUGCCGAUGAUGCGAGUGGAAGGCCCGCUCAUCGUGGCCCAGCUGAUGGAGACCACUUUACUGACGCUGGUGAACUACGCCAGCCUCAUGGCGACAAACGCGGCGCGCUACCGCAUCGCGGCGGGGAAAAACAUAACCCUGCUGGAGUUCGGACUGCGGCGCGCGCAGGGUCCCGACGGGGGACUGUCGGCGUCGCGCUACGCCUACAUGGGCGGCUUCGACGGGACCAGCAACGUGCUGGCGGGGAAGUUGUUCCACAUCCCGACACGAGGCACGCAUGGCCACGCCUACAUAACCUCUUUCUACGACCUCGGCGAGGUCAAGAACCGGCUGCUGGCGCACCACGAGACGGGUGAGCCACAUGACCUGCUCCAGCUCAGCGUAGACUGGCGGCUCAAACUCAGCGAGUCUGUCCUGCGUGUGCCCGCCGCGGAGGCCUCUGAUGGCGAGCUGGCGGCGUGGAUCACGUACGCUGCCGCCUUCCCCACUGGCUUCAUGGCGCUCGUGGACACCUACGACGUGCGCAAGAGCGGGCUGCUCAACUUCUGCGCGGUAGCCAUGGCCCUGCACGAGCUCGGGUACCGCGCUGUUGGUGUUCGCAUCGACAGCGGAGACCUCGCAUACCUCAGCAACAUCUGCCGGCGCGUCUUCGGAGCGAUCGCGGAGAAGUAUGAGGUACCCUGGUUUGCCGACCUCGUCAUAGUCGCAUCAAACAACAUCAACGAGGAGACCAUAGUAAGCCUGAACGAGCAGGGACACUCCAUCAACUGUUUCGGUGUGGGCACGCACCUGGUGACGUGUCAGCGGCAGCCUGCACUCGGCGCUGUCUACAAGAUGGUGGAGAUCCAGGGCCGGCCGUGCAUCAAGCUGAGCGAGGACUUCCCCAAGACGACGAUGCCGGGCAAGAAGAACGUGUACCGGUUGUACGGCACGGACGGGCACGCCCUGGUCGACCUACUGCAGCGCUCCGUGGAGGCACCACCGUGCAUCGGCGAGAAGGUUUUGUGCCGGCACCCCUUUCAGGAGGCGAAGCGGGCGCACGUGAUUCCGUCGCGCGUCAAGCCACUGCUGGAGCCGUGCUGGAGCAAGGGGGCGCUGGUUGCUCCACUGCCCUCGCUGGAGAAGGUGCGUGCGCAUGUGGAGGCGUCUCUCAAGAGUGUGCGCAAUGACCACAAGCGCAACCUCAACCCGACGCCCUACAAGGUGUCUGUGAGCGCCGACCUCUACAGCUUCAUCCACAAGCUGUGGCUGCAGAACGCUCCCAUUGGGGAGCUCUUGUAGGCGUCCACGCACCCGCGCAUUGCUUCUUCCAGGACAUCAUGUAUGGUGUAAAACAGCAGCUGGUACCACAUUAUUUAUGUACAUUAGAAAUAAGCUUGAAAAAAUUAUUUUGCUUAUGUAAAAUUGCAUUUAAUAGCCUCUAUUGAUUUGAGACUGAAAAGGUUUUGAAUUCGUUAAAAAAAUUUAACAUUUAUUUCUGCAUUCCGUUGGAUAUACUUUAAAAAAGAUAAUAAUAAAUAUAAUAAAAAAAUAAUUUCUAUAAGUUUCAGAGGAAAAUGAAUAAAUAAAAUUUUUAAUUGUGUUGACUUUGAAGAGUUUAACUUCCUGUGAUUUUAUUCUUUUUGGAUAUGGUAAACAUUUUUUUUUUUGAAAUUUUAAUGCACAAAGAUGUAUUCAGUUGGUAGUGGUAAUGUACGGGUUGGUAACUGUUAGAUGUACAGUAAAUGUUUACUGUUGAUUGUUUAAUGGUGUUGCAGUUUCUAUGAAAUGUGCAUUGCUACGUGUUGUAUUAUUACUUUACUGGUGGUAUUGUUCAACUUAUCUAUUUUUGUAUGUGCUAAAUGUAGUUAUGUAUAUUGUGUGGAAAAAAAAUAGUUUGGCUGUGAUUGCUAUUGUAUGUUAAUGCAAUAGGUAAUACUUUUACUAUUUUGAACACUGCUUGUAGUUAACUAACCAGCUUUCUUAAGGGGAUUGUCCUACUGCAGGUUAGUACUUUAUGUGUUUACGUUAAAUACUUUAACCUAGACUUUGGAAUGGGACAAACCUCAUAAACAAUACUGUUACUGUACUAUUUAUUUCACUUUAAAAUAAACUGUUAACAUUUAAGAUCGUGCAAUAUUCCUGUCAAGGCUGUAUACCGCUCUACUCAAAACUUUACUUCAUCGAAAAAUAAAUAGUCUCUGUCUACAUAUUAAUCAGAUCAGUAGCGAGUUCAAAUAAUGAAAAUAAGGUGGGAACGAUUGCAACUAAGGUAAUGUUAGACAAUAAAUAUUUACAUCAUA